AUGCCAAGGGUCGUCCUAAUCGAUAACUACGACUCGUUUACUUGGAAUAUUUACGAGUAUCUAUGCCGAGAAGGUGCAGAGGUCGAAGUACACCGUAAUGAUAAGAUUACUAUACCCGAAAUUGACAGUCUCAAGCCCGACUUGGUCAUGAUCAGCCCAGGUCCCGGCCACCCCGACACAGAUUCUGGCAUCUCCAAAGAAGUCAUCCAACACUAUAUGGGAAAAAUCCCUGUUUAUGGCGUGUGCAUGGGAAUGCAGUGUAUGGUUUCAUUAUUUGGAGGCAGUAUUGAAUACGCAGGGGAGAUCGUGCAUGGAAAAACGUCACCAAUCACCCACGAUGGUAAAGGAUCUUUCAAAGGGGUGACACAGGGGGUUGCCAUCACCCGCUAUCACUCCUUGGCUCCAUCUUAUAGCACUCUUCCUAGCUGUCUCGAGGUUACAUGUACUUCGGACUCUGGUGUAAUACAGGGUGUCCGGCACAAGGAGUUCUUACUAGAAGGUGUUCAGUUUCACCCUGAAAGCAUCAUGUCGGAAGAAGGUACUAAAAUGUUGCGUAAUUUCUUGAAAUUUAAAGGUGGCAAGUGGUCAGAAUAUGAAGCUAAUCUGAACUUGACACCUGCUGCCAUCGUCACCGGAUCUGGCUCCAUCCUAGAUCAGAUAUAUCACCAGCGUGAGAAAGAUGUUGCUUUAGAGAGCAAAAUACCUGGUCGUACGUUUGCAGACAUGGAAAAGUCUCUAGCGCUCGGAAUCGCUCCCAAACUGAUAAAUGUUAUCGAGCGCCUGCGCUUGUCCAAGCUCAGCCUUUUGGCGGAGAUUAAACGUGCAUCCCCGUCGAAAGGCCCUCUGGGUAUGGAUGUGCAUGCAGCGACGCAGGCAUUAGCUUACGCUAAAGCAGGCGCUGCUGCAAUCUCCGUUCUUACAGAACCCCAUUGGUUCAAAGGGACCAUUGAAGACCUGCGUCAAGUUCGACUGGCUGUUGAUCGACUUCUGAACCGACCUGCAAUUCUACGCAAAGAGUUUGUAUUUUCCAAAUACCAAAUUCUAGAAGCACGGUUGUUCGGUGCUGAUACUGUUCUGCUGAUUGUAAAAAUGCUGAACGAUGCACAACUUCAGGAGCUUUAUGACUACUCAGUGAGCCUUGGAAUGGAACCUUUAGUUGAAGUUGCGAAUGCUCCAGAGAUGAAACGUGCCGUCAACCUCAAAGCUAAGUUUAUUGGCGUCAACAAUCGCGAUCUGCAUACUUUCAGCGUGGAUAUGAACCGGACCUCAUCUUUAGUUUCUGAGGUAGCCCCCGGUACGUACUUGGCAGCUCUGAGCGGAAUCACAGGGCGUGAUCAGGUCGAUGCGUACGUUAAAGAAGGAGUUGAAGGAGUUCUCGUGGGCGAAUCCUUGAUGCGAGCUACUGAUCCGGGCAAAUUUGUACAAGAACUAAUUGCAUAA